ACGGCAGAUGCCAUUUGUCGGCAGAACCCAACUUGAUCAUGGUCGCCGAGGUCCCGCUCACACCGCCGACGCUCCUCCUCUCGACGACGACCCACAAGGGCCCAUGCGACGAGUCCAGCAAUGCAUCAGUCCGGGCUGCGUCGCCGCUCAAGCCGCGCCGACCGGACCGGCCACUCAAGGUCUCGACGUCCACGACCGUCAAAUGCAAACGUGUGCAGGAGCUGCAGUACCUCCAUCGGCACAUUGAGGAGCUCGAAGAGACACUUCGCCGCUGCCAGCGCCCGUAUACGCCCAUGAUGCUGCCAUGGAAAGAGGUGAGCGCCGGCCUCGCCCACGAUACGCUCGUGCACAUUCGCGACAACCGGUGCCUCAAGAAGGAGGUCGAGAGCAAGAAGAAGAUGAUCGCGUACCUCAAGGCGUGGAUGCAGAGCGUCAACGUCGCCACGCACUCGCCUAGCCCGUUCGUCGAGACAUGGCGUCACUCGGAGCUGCUCGCUGGCGACGAAGCCUUCCGCAAGCAAGCGUACUCGUGGAUCAUGCAGCAGGUGUACCACAACACAGACCGCGCACUCUCGACUUUGCACUUUCCGGACGCCGCGGCUGGCGACUUUAUUGACGUCCAUGUCGUGCCGGACGAGCACCACCGGCUCGAGAUCCACGUCAUGAGCCAGCGCCUGCUACCAUAUGCGCUGCCGAUGGCGUCGGAAGGCGCGUGGAUCGCCGACAAGACGUUUUAUGAGUUUAACCGCGACGGCGACACGUUCCGCGAAGAGCUCGAUCUGGUCAACCGCGACCUCGAGUACGUCAAGGAAGACAUUGGUCCGGUCCAAAAGAUGAUCGUUGACAACGCGCUCUACAGCCGGUUCGAAGAAGAGAACCGAACGGUCAUGGUGCUGCGCUCGAUCCUCAACGACGAAGCUUACCCGCUGGACGCGACGACGUGGACAGUCGACAUCAAGCAAUGGAUGGUGCUGGAUGCGAUGGACGACGAGACGACGCGGUGUCGAACCUACUACAUCAUGAAGCACCCGACGACAACCAGCGGCGGCUACGUCUCGGUCGAAGAGUUUGCCGCGUGCUUUGAUUUGUACACGCCCGGCGACGACCAAGUCUCGCUUAUGCGCAAGCUCGGUGCGCGCUUUGAAGAGAAGCAGCGCAUUGAGCGCCAGAAGUUUGCAACACACAUGGACGCCGUGCUCCAGCGACUCGAGACGCUCGAGAUGCUAGACGCACUCCAAGGCGAAGACGAAAGAAGCCUCUGAGAGCCCAUGGACGACUAGUACGAAGGACGGUCGACUAUUCUAUUGUAUCAUAAAUGCCACGACGCACACUAGUGUGCCCGCGAUCGAG